ACAUCCCAGUUGGACACAAACGCUGCUCACAGCGCUGACAGCGCGUGGGCACGUGCUUACCACAGUUUCGACUGCGCCGGAGCUGCACAUGGCCAAUGUGCAGCAUAUACAACUGCAAAACGAUUACGAUGUGCUAAAGAAACAUUAUGUGAACAGCGAGGGGCAAUAUCGACAGUAUUGGAACAUCAAGCAGCUAAUGAUAUACUAUGAAUCGCUGCUGGGCAGCUGUCGUGCCUUGCAGGAGCUGAAUGAGCUGUCCAAGCUGCAGCAGCAGCUAAAGGGUCCCUACGAUCUCAUUGUCUAUGAUGCCAGCUAUGCAUUGGACUGUCUGCUGCAUUUGCUGCCCAAAUUUGCUAAGCUGCCCAAGCUGGGCUUAAGCGGCGGCAAGCUGAGCACUGAUCUGCUGGCGCUAAUGGGUGCGGAGGAUACUGUAAGUGCCGCCAAGAUUCCGCACUUUAUAAGCGAUCUGCCCGAGCAGCUGAGCUACUGGCAGCGCAUUAAAAAUCAUUGCAUGUACUUGACUGAGCGUUUCUUGAAAGUCUCUAUAGUAUUGCCAGUGCUCCAGGGCAUGCGUAAUGGCGAAGUCAACGUACCCAGCACGCAGCUGGUGCUGCUCAAUACGCAUCCUGUGCUCGACUAUGUGCAGAAUAUGCCACCGAACAUUAUCGAAAUAGGCGGCUUGCAUAUACGCGAGGAAGCAACGACGCUGCCUGAGGGUCUGCAGUCCUUUGUCAACGGCUGCACCGAAGGCAUCAUCUACAUCAAUCUGCCCUGGUUGCAACUCAUGCAUGCCGAAGGACACAACGCGGUGAAGCACACAAUACGCGAGUUUCAACAAUAUUGCUUUAUAUGGAAUGCGAAAAACAUAAAGACAGAGCAUCUGAGCAAUUUGCGUGUUGUAGAACUAGAAGAUAGCAUGCAACAGGAUAUUUUGUCUCAAACCAAUGUGAAAGCCUUUUUGACGCAUGGAGACAGCUUUGGACUGCAGGAGGCCGUCUUUAAUGCUGUGCCCGUCAUUGUGCUGCCUGUUCUAAUGGAUCAGCUUAAUAAUGCCAAACGCAUUGAGGAGCGUUACUUGGGCUUGCGCGUUUCGCUCGACAACUUUGGGCAAAAUGCUUUUUCGGAACCACUGCGGCGUCUUAUGCGUGAGGAUAUCUUUGAUAAGGUUUUGCAUCAGGCACGCAUCAACUUCCGCACACGCCAAACCAAACCCGUGGAUCAAGCUGUCUGGUAUGCGGAGCAACUCAUAGCAGAGCCAUCGCUCUACAAGCAUCUAGCGCAGCCAACUUUAAAUGAUAGUUCCUAUUUUGUGCGGCAUUCUCUGGAUGUUUUAAUCCUGCCCGUCGUAUUUAUGAUUGCCAUUAUUGUCAACGUUAUAUUCUUUGUGCUGCAGAUAAUGAAUGAUUCCAAGUUGCGCAAGGAACGCGAAAAGAAGCAAAAGCUUAAGCAAAUUGAAAAACUGAGAAAUAAGGACAAAGACAAAAAGUCGCCGGCAAAGAAGGAAUAAAGGACCGAUACUUAAACUAAGUAGCAUUAAAAAUCAAGCAUAAGAUUACAAUACAAUUAAUACAAAUUAAAAUUACUAUAUUGUAUUUAAAACGAAAAAGAUCAAGUAACAAACUGUAAAAAUACUGAUUGUAUACACUAAAAGGAUUAAACUAUAAGGAUUACGAAUUAUAAUCAGUUCAAAUUGUAAAUAAAUAUGCCCCAAACUCA